GAAGCGGAUCAUCCAUGUUUAUUCCGCGGCGCUCGGCUAACCGAGUCCACGCUUCUUGCUAGUGAGCAGCAAUGUUGUAGCUGUUAGCAUUAACAUUCUGCUGCUGGGAGGGCGCCCGUCGUUUCGUUUACUGACAGAUCUGACUCGUUUUGAUCGGCACUUCACACAUAUUUGUUAAGUUAUUGUUAUUUUACGGAGCGAACUGUUCAGUCUUCUCCACUGAUUUGCCGGUUAGCAUUAGACAGCUCGAUCCCCUGACGCACGGCUAACUGGCACCCAGGUCCAUCUGUCGGAGGUUCGUCUCGAUUCAUCCUUAGGUUGACUUGUGUGUUUGUGAAGAAGCAUGGCGAUGAGACAGACCCCGCUGACCUGCUCCGGCCACACCCGGCCCGUGGUGGACCUUGCCUUCAGCGGCAUCACCCCGUUCGGCUAUUUCCUAAUCAGUGCCUGCAAAGAUGGAAAGCCGAUGCUAAGGCAGGGGGACACGGGGGACUGGAUCGGGACGUUCCUUGGCCAUAAGGGGGCCGUCUGGGGCGCCACGCUCAACACAGACGCCACUAAAGCGGCCACCGCGGCGGCAGACUUCACAGCGAAGGUGUGGGACGCGGUGAGCGGCGCUGAGGUUCUCACGCUGGCACACAAGCACAUCGUAAAGUCUGUUCAUUUCACUAAGGACAGUAACUGUCUGCUGACUGGCGGAAAUGACAAAGUAAUAAGGAUCUACGACCUUAACCAACCAGAAGAGGCACCCCAGGAGAUCCCUGGCCACACGGCAUCCAUUAAGAGAGCUCUGUGGUGCCACGACGACAAGCACAUCCUGUCAGCCUCUGAAGACCGAACCGUCCGACUUUGGGACCGGAACAUACCUGAGGCUGUGAAGACGCUGUCCUUCGACACGUCGGUGAGCAGCAUGGAGUACCUGGCGGACGGGGACGUCGUGCUCAUCACCUACGGCAAGACCAUCGCCUUCUACAACGCACACAGCCUGGAACUGAUCAAGACCAUAGUCACCCCGGCAAACAUCCACUCCGCCUCGCUGCACCCGGAGAAGGACUUCAUCGUUGCCGGCGGCGACGACUUCAAGCUGUACAAGUAUGACUACGGCACCUCGGAGGAGCUCGAGUCGUAUAAGGGCCACUUCGGGCCGGUCCACUGCGUCCGGUUCAGCCCGGACGGGGAGCUGUACGCCAGCGGCUCUGAGGACGGCACUCUGCGGCUGUGGCAGACUGCCGUGGGCAAGACCUACGGCCUGUGGAAGUGUGUCCUGCCAGAGGACCUGGUCUCCGAGAACCCUGAGCUGAUCUACCCGGUGCCAGCCGAGAUCAAGGCCUGAGCUGGCGCCCCCCUGAGGUGUGGGGGGGGGGGGGCCCUCCCCCCCCCCAAGCAUGACGCAGACACAGUUUUAGUUCAAACUUUGUUGGGAUCUGAGGAUAACGAUUCUGUGAGGGAGGGGGAGGAGCUUCUGGCCACACAUGGGAUUUGGGGAUGAACAUGGGGAGCAGAGGCCCAAUAUACACAGACACACAUAGACACAGAGACUGACACACAUAGAGACACAAACACACAUAGAGACACAGAGACUGACAAACGCAUAGAGACACAGAGGUAGUCACAAACAAUCAGACACACAGACGAUUGGUCGUCCGUCCCUAGUGCCUGAGGGUCGUCAUGGCUGCCCUAUGAUCCACCUGAGGCCUGCCCCGACCCGGCCCCUCCCCCUUUAGGAGCUAUCCCUCCCCCCGGAGCCCGACCAGGGCUGCUUGUCUUAUUUUAUUUCAAGUUUUUAUUUCAUUGAUGUGAGAAGAAUAAACGUGGUACAUUUGCUCACGGGCGAGCCGAAGAGUGCUUUCAUUUCACAUUGUGUUGCUCGACCUCUGCCAUAUUGUUUGAGUGGUCUGUCUUGGUGAUGAAAUUGCUUGUUUUGGUGCCGAAACGGAAAGAAAAAGUCAUUGCUGGAGUUUUCUUUUCUCCCCUGUUUUACUAUGUCCAGUGAUACAAAUAAACAAAUGCAUUACUAUUUUAUUUCAACGUAAUGUGCAAAAGAGCAAAUUCA